AAGGGCAAUAGCGCUAAAAGUUGAAGAAGGUGAAAAAGGUUCAAUUUGUGUAAAAUUAUAGAAUAUAAUGCGCGCGUUUCCCCGAGUAUCUCUGAUCUUCCUAAAGGGUGUCGAGUGGCUUGUGUUAAUUACUAGAUGUCUAAUUAAAUUAAUGUCAGACGAGUCGGCCAAUGGGACGGGGGAGGCUGAGGACUCAAGGCCAUGUAUAUCAAACGCCCCUCCCCUUAAAGCCUGCAGCAAAUGGGAGCGCGAAGAAGGCCAUCAUAUAUAUGCGGCCUGAACCCAUUCUGUUACUUGCAGAUUAUAAACCUGAUUUGUGAAAAAGUAGAGGUGUGUUGCGAGGGCUAAAGUAGUGUAGUAGGGAGACGAGCAGUUAAAUCCUUUGCACUAGACUUUUUUUUUUUUUUUUUUUUUUUUUUAAUGUAUUGUACAUAUGAAUUUUAAACUGGAUACAUUUAUUUUUUUUACCGUGCUGAUUUCUUAUUCAUUUCAAAAGGAUGCAGUUAGGAGAGCCGGUCUUGCCCAACACUGCACUCGGUAUACCCAAGACUUUUUAUAAUCUGUCUCCGUCUGAAAGUAGCAAUAAUAUUUCCGGAUCCUCGCAGCUAGAUUUCCAGGAUUUAGGUAGGACUGAAUCUGACCAAGGAAACGGUCCAAAAAAGUUUAUGAACGGCGGAAGCAUGCUGAGCGAGGGGGAAAGCGAAAAUUUCGCUGGGACCAAAACAGCUCCAGACGGGUGCAAAAGUUCCUCCGUGGUGGGCGAGGAAGACCUAUGCAGCAGCGGUCGUUACAAUUUAGAUGGACUAGUUUCAGAAAGAUAUUUUCUUUCGUCUCAGCAGACUACAGACGUUGGUAAUCCGUGCUCGCUCUUUCCCUACACGGGGCAGCCCGUAUACGCUAGUUCUAACAGCAGGUACCCCGCCUCUCUACACUAUGGAUCUAUGCUGCCCCCGACCGGGUUUACCUCGGCUGUCUGUGCCGGGAGGAGUCAGUUUAGUACGGGUUAUCAGUUUGCACAAGGGCCGGGGUCUCGAUAUCCCUCAUACCCAGGGUCGGGCUCUGCUAUCGGCUCCAUUUCGAUCGGUGGGACAGGGACCGGGGUGCGGGCUCAAGUGUACCUCUGCAAUCGUCCCCUGUGGCUGAAGUUUCACCGACAUCAGACUGAAAUGAUUAUCACCAAACAGGGCAGACGUAUGUUCCCAUUCCUAAGUUUCAACAUCGCCGGUCUGAACCUCACCGCUCAUUACAAUGUGUUUGUUGAAGUUGUCCUGGCUGAUCCAAAUCAUUGGCGGUUCCAAGGAGGGAAAUGGGUAACCUGCGGGAAAGCUGACAAUAAUAUGCAAGGUAACAAAAUGUACGUGCAUCCCGAGUCCCCCAACACUGGAGCACACUGGAUGAGGCAGGAGAUCUCGUUUGGUAAACUGAAGUUAACAAAUAACAAAGGCGCCAACAACAAUAGUACUCAGAUGAUAGUCCUACAGUCUCUACACAAAUAUCAGCCGCGCCUUCAUAUUGUUGAGGUUACUGAAGAUGGUGUUGAAGAUAUGAGCAGCGAGUCCAAGACGCAGAUGUUUACCUUCCCAGAAAACCAGUUCAUAGCAGUGACUGCUUACCAGAAUACAGAUAUCACACAGCUGAAAAUUGAUCACAACCCCUUUGCAAAAGGUUUCAGGGACAAUUAUGAUUCAAUGUACACUGCUCCUGAAAGUGACAGACUUACCCCCUCCCCAACUGAUUCCCCUCGAUCCCACCAGAUUGUACCCGGUGCUCGCUAUGCAGUCCAGCCUUUCUUCCAGGAUCAAUUGGUCAACAACCUGCCAACGAGCCGGUUCUACAAUGGUGAGCGAACAGUGCCCCAGACUAAUGGCAUCCAGUCCCCUCAUACAGAAGAUCUUGGCACCCCUUCAACGCAGAGGUGGUUUGUUACUCCAGUUCAACAGACUGGUUCCAAUAAACUGGACCUUCCCUCUUACGAGAGCGACUACUCCCCCAGCACCCUGCUGCCCUACAGUAUCAAAUCCUUGCCCCUCCAGAGUUCCCAUGCCCUUGGUUAUUACCCAGACUCUGCCUUUGCUUCAAUGGCAGCAGGGUGGGGCACAAGAGGCACUUACCAGCGGAAAAUUGCCACUGGGUUGCCCUGGUCCCCAAGACCAAGCCCUCCUGGCUUUCCGGAAGAUCACCUGUCCAACAAAGACAAGCCAAGGGAAGAGACCAGCGCCACUUCCUGGAUAGACACCUCUCCUUCCAUUAAGGCCCCGGAUUCUUCAGAUUUUGGGGUUUACUCUGCUGUCUGUAAAAGGAGACGCAUCUCCCCCAGCUGUUCAAGCACUGAGAACUCCCCUACCAUUAAAUGUGAGGACAUUAGUUCUGAUGAAUAUGGCAAAGAGAGUUCAAAAUCCAUGGGUUACUAUGCUUUCUACACAAGCUCUUAACUAAUUUGCUCUCUCCCUCCCAUGCUUAAAUGGUUGAACCUUCUCAAAUGGUUUGAGGCUUUUCCAUUAGUGUGCCAAAAUGAGUAUAUAUUUGCCUUCCACCUUGAUGUAUGCUAUUGUGUGACUAUUUUUACUGAAGGUGCCAAAGCUAUUUGAUUGCUUCAAGCAAUAGUUUUACUUGCAUAUGUCUACCCUUUUUUAAUGUGACAAAACAGCAGUAUUUCUCUUAUAUAUUUGACAUGCAUGCCCACUUGGUUUUCCUUUUUAUUUACAGCUGUAGUUUAUUUAUUGAAGGCUAUCUUGACUGUACAGUUUGUGCGUUUAUGUGCACUGUAGAAUGUGAGGUAUCUUGUAAAGUGUCCUACAUAGCGGUAUCUAUUGGCGACUAAUAAAAAAAAAAAAAAAAAAAA